AUGUCCCACUUUGACCGCCCCUACUACGACGACGGCUACAACGACUGGGUCUACGGCGAAGCCUUCACCGGCGACGCCAGCUCCCUGAUGGGCGCUCCCCCCCGCCCGGGAACCUUCGACGCCGAAAUGGCUCGCUCCCUCACCCCGCCCGGCAGACGCUCCUGGUACAUGUCCGACUCCGACUACGAUCCCGGUAUGAACGACUACUGGCACGAUACCCUGCUCAACGACGGCCUACUCUCCUCCCUCGCUGCAGAACGCGGCAUCGAACUCCAAGACCGCCAAAUAGACUACGAUGAGUUUUUCGGCCAGUACCCGGACCGUUUCAAUUACGGAGGUGGUCUACACGGCUCCUACGAUGAUGAUUUCCGGGAGCGAGGGUCCUUGUUGAUGGAGGGGUUGCCGGGGGGUAUGAGGCCCACGGCGCGGGAGGAGAUGCCUGGGUUGCGACAUGGUGGGGGGUUGGAUUUCCCGCAGAGGGUCGAGGAGGUGGAGAGGGGUUGGUCGGGGUGGAAUGAUAGUAUGCCGACUGGUGCGGUGGGGUAUGUGGGACGAUAUGAGCCGAGGGGGUGGGGACAUCAGGGGCCGAGGAUGUAUCCGGGUGAAUUAGUCGACGACGACUUCAUCCGUAACCGGGAGGCUGAUGCGGAAUGGGAUCCUCCAGACUUUGAUGAGUGGGAUUAUGGGGAUGGGGAUCGGUUGCAUUUUGGGGGUGCGAAUGCUUGGAGGUUUGAUCCACCUUCUCCUUCACCUAUCAAGCACAUCCUCAACUCCGUCCUCAUCAUGACAGGCUAUGGUGGUGGAUUCGGUGGCGGUGGCUACGGCGGCUCGGGCUACGGCAUGCCGAUGUACGACGACGGCUUCAUCGACGAAGAAGAAGACGAUAUGCUUGGCGGCCAAAACAUGUUCGGCCCCCAAGCCCUCACACCGCGCAGCAUGACACUUUACUCAGAGUCCAGAGGAGAUGAGCCUCCGUUGAGUAACAACUUCUUCGACCAACUCCAACCAUCCGAUAACGAUCCCUUCGACGGUAUGCCACCGCCUCCCGCCCGAGAAUGGUUAGGAAUGCACCAAGGCUCUGACUACGGCGGUCUCCAGGGGGCCUACGACGGCAACUUCAACCAACGACCCUCCCUUCUGGACCAGGGCUUUGCAGAUCCCUGGUUCCGCCCCAAUCCCGCGUCCAGUAUGGGAGCGAUCCGCGGUGGUCCGAGUCUAGAUUUCGCCCAGCAGAGGGAUUAUACUGGUCAUUUCACGGGUUAUAAUGAUUCGAUGCCUUGGGGAGCUAUUGGGUAUGUGGGGAGGGAUGAGCAUCGAGGUUGGGGGCAGCCUGGGGGGCCGAGGAUGUAUCCUGGGGAGAUCGUGGACAAUGAUUUUAUCAUGAGGAGGGAGCAGGAUCGGGAUUGGGAGCCGCCGGGCUUCUUUGAUGGACCGCAGUGGGGUGAUAGAUUGCAUCCGUGGUGGUAG